AGGGCCUUGAAGGAGCGUGGAUUUGACUCGGGGAGUUUGAGUGAACGAGAGCGGCGGGGGAGACAAGACUCAAAAACGUUAUCUGUGACGCUAGGCAAAGUGAAAAAGCUGUUAGACGCGCCACUGCUUAUAAACCCUGCAGGAGACCGGAGAUGCUCUCUAACACUGUCGCAUCUUUUUUGCCUGACAUCUGGAUGAGGAUAAACUGCCUUCAACUCAUCAUUCGUGAGGUUUCAAAGGUUCAAUGCGAUUGCGCAAAAGUUUGAGUUUGUAGAGCUGUUGCGCAGCAGGAUCUUUUGUGUUUUUUUGGGAAGGUCUUUUGCUGUCCGCAGUCAGGGGUCCAUUGUAACCUCAGCUUUUCUAAAACAAAGUUCGUUUUGCAACGUUUAUUUGCCAGUUGAUCCAUAAACAGCGGGGGGUUCACAUUGCACAGAUGAGGGUUGUUUUACUGUUUGUUUGGGUCAGCCUCUUCUUGUUCUUGACUUUGGCCUGUGCCGACAAAGAUGUGCAAGAAGACGGACUUUCCAGGAGAGAGGUCCGUGGACUUACCAGGUCCAGAGAGAGACUAACGGUGGGACGGGAUGCUGAGAUGUCAGAUGAACCCGUAGAGGCAACAGAAAAGGAUAAAGCAAAACCGAAAAAGAAGAAGACACCAGAGGAAAUAGAGGCAGCUAGGGCAAAGAAGGCUGCGGAGAAAGAGGCCAAGAAGCAGAAAGGAGCGAAGCCCACCAAGAAACCAAAAGCCCCCAAGGCCACCAAGAAACCAAAAGCCCCCAAGGCCCCGAAGGUCCCCAAGGCCACCAAGAAGCCCAAAGCCCCAAGGAAACCCAGACCCACGGAGCCCACCCAGGACAGGGCUAGGACCCCACCCACCAAGCGUCCAAGUCUGGAGGAGGAGGAGGAGAGGAAGAUUCUGGCCGAACUGGGUUGGGACCAAGUGAUUCCUGCUGUGACACCCGAGGAAACUGCUCCAGCACCAGACCUCGUCGGUCAUCAGCCGCCAACGGCUCCAACCCUAACUGAAAACGACAACGAACACUGGAAUUCAAGAUAUGAUGUAUUUGAGGAACCAGUUGAACCUGACCUUAAAAAGCGAGUCACAACCACAGAGGUCAUCAUGUACAUCCCAGAGGAGGUAACCUCAUCCCAACCCAUGAUUGCCUGGUAUGAGGAAUAUGAAUAUUCAGACUUGGCUGUAAAGAGGCUGGAGGAGGAAACUGCCAAAGCCCAGAAAGAGAAGGCGGAGAAACGUCUGGAAGCCGAGCGAAUGAGGAAGAAGUGGGAGGAAGAGGAGGAGGAGCGGAUGAAGCAGAUGUUGGAGCCGAAGGAGCCAAAAAAGUGUCCUCCUUUGGGUCUGGAGUCUCACAAGGUGGAGGACGAACAGCUGCUGGCCUCCUCUCAGUCUCACCACGGCUUCGCUGCCCAGAGAGGACGUCUCAACAUGCAGGGCUCCGACAAGGAGGACGACAUGUACGGCGGGGCGUGGUGUGCCGACUCAGAGGACACCAGCCACUGGUUCCAGCUGGACGCCCGCAAGGAGGUGGAGUUCACCGGGGUCAUCACCCAGGGCAGGAACUCAGACACCAGUGAGGAUUUCGUGUCGUCCUUCUACGUGUCCUUCAGUAACGACACCCGCGAUUGGACCGUCCUUCAUGAUGGCUACGCCGAAUGGUUGUUCUACGGCAACGUGGACAAGGACACUCCGGUCCUGGCCCAGUUUGAUGUUCCCGUGGUGUCGCGCUACAUCCGGAUCCUUCCUCAGAGCUGGAACGGCAGCCUAUGUCUCCGCUCCGAGGUCCUGGCCUGUCAGCUACCCAACAGAUACGUGUCAGAGAUCACGGUCAAUGCCUCGGACGCUCUUGACUUCAGACACCACAACUACAAGGACAUGAGACAGAUGAUGAAGGUGAUCAAUGAGGAAUGCCCCAACAUCACCAGGAUCUACAACGUGGGCAAAAGCUACGGUGGCCUGAAGAUGUACGCUAUGGAGAUCUCAGACAACCCCGGGGAGCAUGAGAGAGGUGAACCAGAAUUCCGCUACACUGCGGGUCUCCAUGGCAACGAGGCGAUGGGCCGAGAGCUUCUCCUGCUGCUGAUGCAGUUCCUCUGCAAGAAGUACAACGAGGACGACACCAGAGUGCGCCGCCUGGUGGACAGCACGAGAAUGCACCUGGUGCCCUCGCUGAAUCCCGACGCCUACGAGCUGGCGUUUGAGAUGGGUUCGGAGAUGGGGAACUGGGCGCUGGGCCACUGGUCGGAGGAAGGCUAUGACAUCUUCGAGAACUUCCCAGACCUCAACAGCGUCCUCUGGGGGGCGGAAGACCGAGGCUGGGUGCCCCGCGUGGUGCCCAACCACCACAUCCCAGUCCCCGAAAACUUCCUGAACGGCUCUGUUGCCGUGGAAACCAAAGCCAUCAUGAGCUGGAUGGAGCGCAGCCCCUUCGUCCUCGGGGCCAACCUGCAGGGAGGAGAGAAUAUGGUGGCGUACCCCUUGGACAUGCUGCGCCCCCCGAAAUCAGAGAACCACGCCCAGCGCUCCCAGCACGACCAGCGGCCCGGCCUGGAGCGGGAGAUGAACGAGGAGACGUGGGCGCGGAUCCAGCGGCAGAACGAGGGAGCGCUGCGGGAGACCGCCGACGACACCAUGUUCCGCUGGCUGGCCAUGUCCUACGCCCACAGCCACCUGACCAUGACCGAGAGCUACCGGGGGUCCUGCCACGCCGACGACAUCACCGGCGGCCAGGGCAUCAUCAACCGCGCCAGCUGGAAGCCCGUGGUGGGGAGUAUGAAUGACUUCAGCUACCUGCACACCAACUGUUUUGAGCUCACCAUCUUCCUGGGCUGCGACAAGUUUCCUCAUGAGAGUGAACUUUCUAGAGAGUGGGAGAUCAACCGCGAAGCGCUGCUGUCCUUCAUAGAACAGGUGCACCGAGGGAUUAAGGGUCUGGUCAGAGACAUGGAGGGCCAGCCCUUAGCUAACGCCACCAUAUCCGUCGAGGGAAUAAGGCACGACAUCAGAACAGCUGCGGCCGGGGACUACUGGCGCCUGUUGAACCCUGGAGAGUACAAGGUAACAGCCAAGGCCGACGGCUACUCGCCCCAGACCCGCCUCUGCCUGGUUGGCUACGAGUCCAGCGCCACCUCCUGCAGCUUCAACCUGGUCAAGUCCAACUGGAACCGCAUCCAACAAAUCAUGGCCCUGAGGGGCAAGACCCUGAAAGGAAUCACGACCGCUCCCAAAAAAACAAGCGUUGUAGCUGCCGGACCGAAUGACGCCAACAGCCAUGGCGAGACGGUUAACGGCGUGGCAGGCGCUACAGAAGAAGCAGUGAAGUGGACCCCGGAAAACCUGGAGCGACUCCGGCGCAGGCGAAUGAUGCGUGUGCGACAGUUGCGCCUCAGGAGAUUGCGAAACAGUCAGACGACGACUCGCGCUAGCACGACGACGACGACAACCACCACCACCACCACCACGCCGCCGCCGACAGAGGAAAGCAGGGUUAGCACGACGUCCUGGUACCCUCUGGUCGGGUGGUCCAGCGAGAGCCCGUUUGACGGGGUGUCGUUUGAACAGGCGGCCACGCAGGACUACCCCUUUGAGUACAGUGUGGACGACUUCUGAAAACGCUCAUCUAAGGCUUAUGAAAGUUUACUGUCGCCCGUGUGUGAAAGUACCUACUUAACCAGCCCAAAUGUUGUUGCAUUACUAUCAGCCUAAGAUAAAGUUCCACUUUGCAUCUCAAUGGUACAUAUAAAAAGAAAGAAUUGCAAGUUUAUAUCCAUAUU